AAAGGUAUGAGACGCGUGUGAUCUGAGUAUUGUACUUGCCUUCAACCUAUUACAUAAAGGGAUUGGGAAUUUUCCAUUUCUCUCCUUUUCAUAACAAAUUAUUGAAAUCAAACAUGAAUUUAGAAGAUUUAUUGCAAGCUUCAGGUUCUCCAGAUACGACUUGUGUACCAUCAUCGCCAAUUUCAUAUUCAAAAGACGAGAAACUAGACAAUCCACAAAGCGAGAAACUGUCUAGCAAGGAAGAUGUAGACUUAUCUGAGAAAACUAUUCGAUUUCUUAAAUUACAGAUGAAUGCAAAGGGAAUUAUUGACGCGUUUGAACGCGAUUCCCUACAAAGUUCAUUGGAAAUAAAGAAUUUAAAAUUACAACUGGAUGAAGAACGAAGAUUAAAUGAACAAUUUAAAAUAAACACGAUGGUGAAACUUCAAAGGACAAUUGAACAAUUAGAAAAUGAAAACCAUCAUCUUCUAAACCAAAAUGAAGAAUUACUAGUCCUCAAAAAUGAACAUGAAACGAAACAGAAAUUAUUAAAACAAGAUAUUACAACACUUGAAGAGAACUAUAAAGCAUGUUUCGUACGAAUCGGGAAUUUGGAGCAUGAAAAUUCUACUUUGAAAACUUCAUUGUGUAAUCAAAGUAGGGAUGUCGGGCAGGGGUCUCAUGUAGAUACGGAAUUACCCAAAGAUUGGAGAGAACAGUUUAAAGAGAAAAUCAAACCAAAAAGGUCCUUGGGUCAUCACAAUGUCCGGCUACGUGAUGUUAAGUUACAAGAGGAUUCCCAACGAGAAAGGAAAAGGGAUAGGGAACAUGUAGAAUCUUGCGAAAAUAAGAGUCAAGCAGACACAUUUUUCCCAAGGGUUACGGAAACACGUUCUCGAAUUCUCAGACUUCAAGAAUCGUUUUCAGAUUUGGAAUCCCAGCAUGACUCUUUCCGACAAAUUUGCGAUUCUUUAAGGCAGAAGUUAAAAACUGACUCUAGUAAAACCAAGCAAAGACUCUUGAAACUAGAAAAUCUUCUUCAAAAUCGCUCUCCUCCAUCGUACACAUUUUCCCUAAGUUGCACACAUCAGUUUCCGCAUGACUCUCGUGCAGAACAAUUCACUAAAACAAAAAACGAAACUCAUAAUCAAGUAUUCACUCAAAUUCCCAUGCCUUUCGAUGCCUCAUAGGAUCGUGACUAACUUGAACAAACAUUCUACAUUUAUUAAACAUUAGUUUACGAGUA